AAACCCUUUCCUCAACUUCUUCUCGCGCCGUCGUAAAAUUUUUUUUUUUAUCUUCGUCUCUCUAAAACCCUUCUCAAGCAAUCUUCUUCCUGUGGAUUCAUCGUUAACCAUGUCAUAUGAAGAUGAUUUUGUGGAAGAUGAUGAGAUGAAUAUGAGUGAUGAGGAAGGAGCAUCUGACUCUGAAGCAGAAUCUCUUUCAGAUUCCGAUUCAGAGAACGAGAUCACUGAGAAACUGGCUGAGCCCACGAAGACAGCUGUAUACAACAGAGAUGGAUUGGCUGAUAAACUUCAAGACAUUAGCUGGCCAGAAGACGUUGAUUGGACUCAUAAGCUCACCGUCGAGAUCGAGCAGGGACAAGCUGUUGAUGUAAACGACGACCUCGCGAGGGAGAUGGCUUUCUACACUCAAGCCCUGGAAGGGACGAAGCAGGCUUUUCAGAAGCUACAGGAAGAAGGAUUGCCUUUCCUCAGGCCAUCUGAUUACUAUGCGGAGAUGGUGAAAUCAGACACACACAUGGAGAAAGUGAAGUCUAAGCUUCUGUACGAGAAGAAACAGAUGGAGGAGUCUGAAGAGAGGAGGAAAGCUAGGGAUAACAAGAAGAUGGCCAAGGAAGUACAGUCUCAGAAGAUGAAGGAGAGGCAGAAGCAGAAGAAGGAUGAUAUUGAGUCUGUGAAGAAGUGGAGGAAACAGAGACAACAGAGCGGGUUUAGUGAGAAAGGUGCGGGUGAGAUGGAUCUUGAGUUUGGGAACGGGAAGAGUUUUCAGAGAGGAGGAGGUAAGAAAAGACCUGGUGUGUCUCCUGGUGAUCGAUCAGGAGGUAAAGGAAAGCCCACUUCGAGGAUGAACAAUAAGAAGAGGGAGUUUAGGGAUUCCAAGUUUGGUCAUGGUGGAAGGAAAGGGUUGAGCAAGCAGAACACUGCAGAGACGACGAAUGAUUUCAAAGGUGGGUUUCGUGGAGGAAAAGCUGCUGGAAACAAGAGACAGAAGAGAUGAAAGAAAGGUUUGAUCGUCGAAACCUAUCUAUAAACUAUUUUUGUCAUCUUGGAUUAUGUUUUGAGAGAAUGUUUUUUUGUGUUUUUGUUUUGUAAAACCCUCUGGUUAAGGGUUUUAGGACCAGUAUUCCUUAGUUACAAUGUUGUGCCAAUGAUUUCUUGAAUUAACAAAGUCUUAUAUGUUUUGAAGAACUUAGCUUCCAAGAAGUUUGGUCUUGGGAUCAACCUCUUAAAUUUAUCAUUGAACAAUAAGAAGAAUUCAA